CACAGGACAUCUGUUGGUGAACGAAUAUGGCUGUCAACUUUAUGUUACUGAUUUCCUUGUUCAGUACAAUAAUGCUGUCGUCAGUGAACGGACAGAUGUACGACAGACUGUACGGUACACUGCUGGCGCUAGAACAUCCCCCCACCAUCCCCAUGGCGAACGAGAGCUCGACCGUCAAUGUUACUUUGGGUUUGUCCUUGCUACAAGUAAUGGAAGUGAAUAUGGAGGAAGGAUUCAUUGACACCUUCAUGUGGGUAGACAUGCGCUGGACCGACAGAAGAUUUUCUUGGCAUAUGACGUCAUUCGGGGGCAUCUCCAGUAUUCAGCUUCCCUUUGAUCGCUUGUGGGUUCCGGACGUCGCAGUGUCUAACAGUAUAGAAACACGAAAGACCAUGGAUGUGAAAGCACAGGUAGGAUACGAUGGGACUAUAUUAACCGUCACACCAACUCGUUUCCGCAGCACGUGCACACCCCCAGAGGAGGAUGACGACGACGCUGAAGGUGACCUUGUGUGUCAUUUGAAAUUCAUAUCAUGGAUGUACAACGGCUUUCAGGUGGAUUUGCAAACUCAUUCUGAGCAGAUAGAUCUUUCCAACUACGUGCUGAACCGCCGCUGGGAGUUAAUGGAGACGAGAAUUCGACGUGAUGUAGUGUACUACUCCUGCUGUCCAGAACCCUUUCCUCACGUCGACGUCACGAUACGACUUCGCAAGAAACCGGCUAAUAACAGUCGAAAAUAAAUGUUCUUUGGAGUAGCCUACUUUUGCCACGAACAAUCGAGAUAACCUAAAGCUAUAUUCCUACUUCACCGCCGACUCUUGUCGGCGAGUAGUUGACUCGCCCAGUCCUGCUUCUGUUCAAACCUAAUCCUCAUUUUUCCAUAAUUUUAACACAGUUCAUAUUAAAUUUUAACGCUUUUUCGUUUACCUAAUAAAAAACUAAAUUUCAGUUUUGCAUGAGGUCGGUAUUCAAAGUAUGAAUUGACCUUUAGUCAUUAAACAGACUCUCACGAA